UUGACUAUGUAGUUCGUGUCAGCUGCAGUAAAGCAUCAGGGUUUGUGAAAAUAAAGCAGUAAUAAACACAUUCACCGCAGCCAAAUUGUAGCAACGGGUUGUUAAAAAAUGGCGAGGUAUCUAAGGCCGCCUAAUACAUCUCUCUUCGUUAGAAACAUCGCCGACGACUCCAGGCCAGAGGAUUUACGUCGUGAGUUUGGUCGUUAUGGGCCUAUUGUAGAUGUCUACAUUCCACUUGACUUCCAUACACGACGGACAAGAGGAUUUGCUUACAUUCAAUUUGAAGAUGUGCGGGAUGCAGAAGACGCUCUUCACAACCUGGACCGUAAAUGGGUUUGUGGGCGUCAGAUCGAGAUCCAGUUUGCUCAGGGAGACAGAAAGACCCCUAACCAGAUGAAGGCCAAGGAGCGCCACUCUCCUCGCAGUUUCUCCCGCUACGACGACGAUCGGGAUAGCCGCCGAAGACGGUCCCGAAGCCGCAGCUAUGAUCGACACAGGUCCCGAAGCCCGUCCCAUGAACGUCGUCCUCGGAGGUCUGAGAGCCCUAGAGACUCUCGGUCCUACAGUAGACAUAGGCGGAGCAGAAGCCAUGAAAAUGACAAGUACAGAGGUCCUCCCCGUGACCACCCGAGGACACACCAUGAACCAGGCUCACGUAGUCGCUCCGUGUCCUGCUCCCCUUCACCUUCCAGAUCCAGGCCCAAAGGUAAAAAGAGCCAGUCCAGGUCUCACAGCCCAGCUGAAGACUUCCACCCAACUUCCAGCUCCCAGAAAAAGUCUGUGGGACGAUCUCCCUCCCGGUCCUACUCUAGAUCCAUGUCCCGGUCACGCUCUCGCUCCAGGUCCUGGGCUGGACGCAAAUCUGGAGGUCACUGAUUCUCUGUUCCUCCUAAACCUUAAUUAAUGUUUCUGUUCAGCUUUUGACAAUAACAAGAAUACAGCAGAAUUUUAGGUAUAAAAAAUUAUAAAAUUACAAAGCAAGGGGAGGGGGGGUAAUAGUCUGAGGGGAAAAAAAACAGAUAUUCUCUGAGAUUAACUUGGUAAAAGAAAAUACUCACAUUUAUGAGAAAUAAACUUGAAUAUUCUGAGAUUAUAAGUGAUACAUGUCUAAGUAGUAACUCUACACAAUAUUUCAGAUGUGCUUGAUGUAUCAAAUAAUAAUAAUAAUUUCACCAACCAGUAUUAUGAGACUUUCCUCACUUCUACAUUUAUAAAUGACAUUAUAUAGAUAUGACGCAGGCUUUCAAGGGGCUUUGUUGCAGUCCCUCAUCUGCCUUAACUGGAAGCGCCACCUCUUCUUAGGUCUCCACUGAAACACAAAGAACAUCAGUUUUCUUUCUCAUAAUUUUGCCACUUUUAAUCUUGGAAAUGCUGAUUUAUUUAUGUUUUCUCUUGUAAUAAAACCCAGCUCUGUAAUUAUCAUUUUCUUAAACUACAAUGAUCCUACUACGUCGUCAUACUUGAGUGUUCUGCUCUGUUUGUAUUUGUCUAUCAUUAUUACGGUAGUCUGUUGCCAAAGGAAAGUGAGCAGCAGGCCCGGAGAUAGAUUUUCAUUUGAUCCCUGGUAAACUUGGCCAGGUUUUUUUGGACUUGUGUCAUGUGGGUUGCUAAAGGUGGAAUAAUUGCUACUGUCUGGUUUGCCAAUAUUAUUUUUGUACUUGAAUGAACUGGCAAUAUUUACAUUCAUACAUCAGUUUAAUUCUGUUGUUUAUGUAAACAUAAAUAAAGAUUACCUUUAACUUCA